CCUCGAUGGACUGUUUUGCCGUUCCCUCUAAAACGAAUGUAAAAUUUCGGAUACCAAAAUGCUCGUGAACGGAUUUGGCGAGCAGUAUCCUCAGGGAUGCCCUGUCGUGGGGCCCUUUGAGGAUGGGGGAUGGAAAAAACAGUGCCCGAUGGCAGAUCAGUGGUCUCGACAGGCAAUGAACUCUCAGUGUGCUUAUGGUGAUUAUAAUUCGAAUCUUCGAAGUCCCUCAGUGCAGUGUUAUAGGAAUGUGCCAUUUGUUCCGUAUAUGCACGAAAAUGUGCAUCCAUACUAUCCGGUUCAUGAAGUGUAUCAGCCAGCGAGUUAUGUGCCCCCUAGCCCUAUGAUCCACAACCUGCCCUGUAACCAGGAGCCAGCAUGGGAUUACAAUAGCAUGUGUUACAAUGUGGAUGGACAAGCGUGCCAAUAUACAACAGUUGUUGAUUUGGAAGAUUUUAUGAAUAAUGAGAAACGUAAGGAGAAGUCGCGCGUGGCAGCACGAUGUCGACGUACAAAGGAGAUGCAGAUCUUCGCAGAGCUGACUGCAGCCCUGCCCGCCAGGAAGGAGGAGGUGGAACAGCUUGACAAGGCUUCUGUCAUGCGCCUGGCGAUAUCCUACCUGAAAGUCCGGGAUGUUGUGUCUUUGCUUCCUGAGUCGGAAUCUGAACACCCCAAGAUGCAGAACCCUGAAGGUAUGGAGGAGGUGUCCACCGAACUGUCGUACAUGAAGGCUUUGGACGGAUUCGUACUGGUGCUGUCUCAGCAAGGAGACAUUGUGUACUGCAGCGAAAACAUUGCUGACCAUCUGGGCGUUUCUCAGAUGGAGAUAAUGGGCCAGAGCGUCUUCGAGUUCAGCCACCCUUGCGACCACGACGAAAUUCGCGAGGCUCUGCGUUCCACCAGCUCGGGCCGUCGUGACCUGCUGCUGCGCCUCAAGUGUACCCUGACUAGCAAGGGGAGGAAUGUGCACCUUAAAUCUGCUUCGUAUAAGGUGAUCCACAUAACUGGUCACAUGCUGAUGCCUGGUGACGACAAAGCCGAACGCAACAACAAUGAAGACAAAAAGCCUGACGCUGAUGAUAAGAAGGCUACCAGGAAUGGAACCCUGGUAGCUGUGGGCAGACCCAUCCCGCACCCAUCUAACAUCGAGAUACCGUUGGACAGCAAGACUUUCCUGUCCAAACACAGCUUGGAUAUGAAGUUCACUUAUGUUGAUGAGGCGUUGGUGAACACGCUCGGCUUCGAACCCGAAGAACUGGUUGGCCGUUCAGUGUACGAGUAUCAUCAUGCAGCCGACACCGGCUCGUUGGUCCAGCAGUUCAAAUCACUGUUCUCAAAGGGACAAUGCGAGACUGGGCGCUACCGCUUCCUCGCCAAGACUGGCGGCUACGCCUGGGUUCAGACCCAGGCUACCGUCAUCACAGACAAGCAACAGAAACCCAUCAGCGUGGUCUGCGUUAACUAUGUCAUCAGUGGCAUCGAGUGCAAAGAUGAGGUGUUUGCCGCACACCAGGUGCAGCACGCCGAUCUGAAACCUGUGCUGGCCCCGACAGCGCCCGUGCCUGCUCCCAAGGCUCUCGCGACCGAGCCCGCCCCCAACGGCGCUAUAGUCGCCAUCAUUACUCCUGAGGAGAAACGCCCUAUACCCGUCACAGAGCUUAUAUUCGCUCCGCGAAAGAAAGAAAUGAACAAAGGCUUUCUCAUGUUCUCCCAAGACGAGGGACUUACAAUGCUUAAAGACGAGCCGGAAGAUCUGACGCACUUGGCACCCACCGCUGGUGAUGCUUGUAUACCUCUAGAGAACAGUCCUUUCGACAUGUUCGACGAAUUCAUUCUGAGCGAUAACUACUGCAGUCUGCUAGGAGAUGACCUGGCUAACGGAUCGCCGGUAGACUCUUUGACGCCAGAUUCAUUACUGUUGUCUUCUCCUGAACCACAGGAAAACGAAUCGUCAUGCGAACAGUCGUCAUUACUCACAGAGCUGUCACUAGACGCUUUCGACAACAGAUCAGAUAAUGACAUAGACGAUGGGAACUCCCCAUUCAUCCCGGCGAGCGAUGAGCUGCCGGUAUUGGAGCCGGCGGUCAUGUGGGGGGCCUUGCCCGACAGCGUCAGCAUGGCGAGACCACAGCCCACAGAGAUGCAGACUACAUCGCCUGCGCCCGCGCUGCAACGCUUAUUGACAGCCACCACCACGGGCCCCCCGCCACAGGAUCUCAUAACCAAUAUUUACUCGGACCAAGGUCUAAUACCAAGGAGUGUUGCAUCAUGGGAGACUGGAAUGAAAAGAGUAAUGAAGGAAGAACAGGAGCCGUGUGCAAAACGCAUAAAGCGUAGCCCGUCCCCGGUGCAGCCGGCGACGCCCACGCAGUCGUCGAGCGUCCUCAUGAACCUCCUGGAUCUGCAGCAGCAACUGCCACAGCAAAUCCCCCACCAACCAAAUUACCAACUCGUCAGGAACCCCCAGACUAUCAACCAGAACGCUAACCGAAAUAACAUCCCAUUGCCUGUAAUAAACUUACUACAAGGCAUACCAAACAAGCCAAUAAUACGUUCAAACACUCCAAUGAACAAUGUUAUGCGCACGAAUAUUGCUAGCCCCAUGUCUCCGUUGAGCCUCAACGUAAGCCCCAUGUACUCCCUACCAUCCAGCCCCAACAGCUACACCCAUAGCCCUGCCAUGAGCCCUGCCCAGAGGGACCGCGUCAUGAGCCCAUACUCCACUCCUCAGUCCAUGUCUCCAGUUGGUAAGUUCCAGCAGUACAGCCCUGGUAGCAGGCUGAUGUCGCCUGUCGGGGUCAUGAAGGGCUGCGACCCAUACCUCACGACCAAAAUGCAACCCAGCCCAGGCUACCCGCUCCAGACUCCGGACAUCAUGCUGGAUCCUAGCGCGCCCCUCACCACGACGGACUUCUGGACCGAGUCCGAAAUGCUGCAGGGCACAACCGACCUGCUCACCGCUUUAGACGACGUUAAGUUAGGCUAAGUAUCCUCGCGUGUCAAUGAGUGAUUGAAGAGUGAUUUCUGUAUUUCCAUUGAAACAGUUGUGGAUUGAUUGAAUACUGAAAUUCAAGUGUUUUCUUCCACCAUUUAAACAGUUGAAAUAACGUUUUAGAAUUCAGUUUUUCACACAAACAUUCCAAUAGAAAUGUUGUUACAAAUGUUUGUUUCAGAAAUCACUCGAAUGAAUGCAGGGUCGCAAAGGGUGUAAAACAAUAUAAGCCAAAGGGAUUCCAUGCGAUGUUUCGCUGUAGCAGUCAUGGGGCCGUUGCCCACUUGUUUAACAUUUUCGUUAAUAAAAAUCUUAGUUUUCAUAAUGUACAGACAUAAGUUGUUAUUAACUUAGUAAAGUUUAUUUAGUAUGCGUGGAAUCCUCGGCAAUGCAACGAUGUGACUUAGAUUAACAGAUAUUCUAUAUUGUGUACGAAUUUACAUAUUCGUAUUAUGUAUUUGUAUGUCUCGAGAUAUCUUUGUUGGAUGUGUGUGACUGUAUCAUAGUUUUAGUGUAACUAUAUCUAUGAACGAUCUGCACUAAGAAAUCAAGGCAGAAUUUAAUGUUUGGACUAGUUGCCAAUAUUUUUUAGACAGAAAUUAUUGCGAAUUUUAUACGGAGUUUUGUACUAAAAUGUAUUAUGUAAAUAAAAAUCUCUAAAUUGUUUUUAUUAACAUUUCGUUGAUAUUUCUGUCUUGCUUUUGUUUGCAGAUGCUUCGUAGACAUAUUGUGUCAAUAAAGAAAAUUGGAUAACGGUAUUCGAUAUAGUUUCAUAUAAUUUUGUAUUAUUCGGCAUGGAUUCAUUAAAAUAUUAUUCAUUUGAAAUAAUUCUCAAAGGAGUUUCGUCGAUAAAGUUAAGUAAAGAUGCUAUGUAAGUUUUAAUUUAUACUUUAUGAUCAAAUCGUAUACUCAUUUAGAAAUUAAGGGAUCAUAAUCUUGUAUACUUGUAUUUUCUGUUUUCCUCAAAUCAUUUAACAAAUAUACUAUUUAUUUAUUCGCUAUCACUGCCUAUAUGUCACAUUGAACAGUAUGUUGAGGCGCGAUUGAGAUCGACUACGACGAUUUUAAAUCGAUUUUCCAUCGAUGCCUAGUGGUCCACGCACACUCGAAUAAUAUUAUUUAUAUGUUUGUUUAAUGACAAUUAAAAUAAGAGACGUUCCUCUAUUUUUGUCAGUGAAAUAUUUUACCAGAAAACAGAUUAUUUCUUUCAAUAUUAAUUUUAAGAAUUAAAAAUGGAGGGAAACUUGAUUUUUGCCAAAAAGAUUUUUGUUGCUAAAAAUAGAAUACUGUUGCAAUGAUUUUACCGUAGACAGUUUAUUGUAAUUUUACCUAACAAUAGGUAGACAGAGCUGAUAGUAAAAUGUUUGUAGCAAACGACAAUGUUUGCACUACAUGCCGUACAUAAUAAGUACAAUAAUAUAACCCUCUACCAUCAUAUUACGAAUUAAUGCAAUUAUUUUCUUAUAAUUUAAAUCUCGGUAGAUUAAUUAUUUACACAUAAAUAUUUAGCUUAAAAAUAAUCUUAAGAUGGGAUUGUUAUAGAUCGAUUCUUGAUCAAUAAAAUUUGGUUUAUAAGAGAGAAAUUCAAAAUUAUGAAUUUCAAAUAAUUAUAUGAAUGUACGAAAUGAAAUAGAAAUGUUUUAUGUAAAUUGUUCACCCAAUAUUACCAUACUUUUUUGACCAUAAUUUCGUUUCAGUAAACUAAGUAUAAUUUUAGUAUGUACGAUUUUGUUUUUAAGUUUAAUCUGAUAUAAGAUUCUACUGCCAAUUUUCAUACUAAUGUCUGCACUUUAUUUUGUGUUGUUUCUGUACAAAUAUGUUUGCCUUCUUUCAAUCAAUGUGCCAUAGAGUUUGUAAUACAUUUUACAAAUUCUUUAGCUGUGUCUUCAUGAUAUAUUCGUCCAAUUCAUCUCGUAACGAUUCACAUCAAUUUAUAUAAAUACAUGAGAAAAGAAAAUGUAAAUAUAAAUCAAAUUGUUUUAUAUAUUUAGAGAAUAAAUUUCUGUCAUUGAAAA